AUGUAUACCACACUUUAUACAGCUUUGAUCUCUGAUUUGGAAAUUACGUCAAGUAUCCAAUUCGAAGCUAUACUCCCAACAACUCGAAUUGAGCAACUGAUAUAUCCUUCUGGCAUGACCACAGAUGCAUUGAUUGUAUCAAUCGAAGACAAAGAACUACGUUUCCACCCGCCCCAUGUCAGGUACAUCAAAGCAGUCACUGAAGAUGGUAAAAUCUUGUCAUUUGAACGUUGGUAUACAUGGGAUCAUGACAAGGCCUUUGAUGCUUGGUGGGCGACUUUCGCCUUUAAUCCACCCGAAGAGCUUUCGUCUCAAGACAUGAAUGUUGACGCGACCAAAGCCUUCUAUGAAGGAAUUGACAAAUUGAAGAAGAGAAAAGUUAGGGAUAAAGCAUCCACUCACCCAAAUUAUCAAAGCUCUGGAGCUGGCUCACAACAUGUUAAAUGGGGAAAGGAGUAUGCCAUAGAGCAAAGAUUUGAUAUAUAUGCCGUAUCUACACCUGAAUCCUUGAGUUGGUAUGAGAAAUUUGGCUUUCGAAGUAUCGACGACUUCUCUAUCGACAUGACACUGAUGGGUGGAACGCGAGAAGACGGUACCUUAGGCAUAUACACUGCCACGUUGAUGAAGCUCACUGUAUCGAAGUAA